AUGAUUUGUACAACGAAACCGGUAGCACACUUCAUAGGAACGCAUCGGUUUACAGUGCGCUUCAGGCAUUACUUCAAGAAUAUGCUCUGUUCGGAUUUGCACCCACCAGCGACGGUUCGGGGAAUGGAACAGCUUGACCGUGCCGCUUUCUCGAAAACUAUCAAAGCGCCUCAUCUUCUAGUACCGAAGGACAAAAACUUGAACGAAGUUUGCCGAUCGAUAAAAAAGUAUCUGCUCAAAAUGGAACGGUACAAACCGGUGAUAACAGAAGAGUACAAAAUCACCCUUCAUCCGAUGGCCGUACAGAAAUGGGAGGAUUUGGCUGAGGUAAAUCUGGAAAAGCUAGACAUCGGAAGCGAAGCGCUAGUUUGGGAGGAAAUCCAGCUAAACUACGAAAACUGGAAGUACAACGAAAUUUUUAAAGCCGUGCUGCCGGCAGACAAGGAGGCCCUCUCAUCGUUUAGUAAAAUAGGCCACAUAGUCCACCUAAAUCUUAAAGAUCACUUGCUGCCGUACAAGAAGCUGAUAGGAGAAGUGAUAUGCGACAAAAUAGCCGAUUGCCGGACAGUGGUGAACAAGUCGAUUUCAAUCGAUAACACCUAUCGGAACUUUCAGAUGGAGUUGCUGUGCGGUGAGCCCAACUACGAAGUAUCGGUGAAGGAGAAUGGAUGUCUGUUUCAGUUUGACUUUUCCAAGGUAUAUUGGAAUCCGCGACUGUCUACCGAGCAUGAGAAGAUCGUAAAAAUGCUCAACAAAUACGACGUACUGUACGAUCUGUACGCCGGUGUCGGUCCAUUCGCUGUACCGGCAGCACGCAAAGGAUGUGAGGUCUUGGCGAACGAUCUCAACCCCGACUCGUACCAUGCAUUGGUGACCAACUGUACACUGAACAAAGUGUCCAAAAACGUCACGUGCCACAACAAGGAUGCAAUAGAUUUUAUUGGGCAAGAAUUGAAACAAGCUCUGCUUGCAAAAUGUGCCGACAGGGGUUUUGAUGGUGAGAUUCACAUCACCAUGAACUUACCCGCGAUGGCGGUGGAACAUUUGGUGCAUUUUCCCGGUUUAUUGAAAGGUGCGGAUAUUGUCCUGCAUAAAAAACCGCUAGUGCACGUGUACUGUUUUGCGAAAGGCGUCGAGGAUAAGAAACAAAUUGCUCGCGAAUUAGUGGAACAAUGGCUCGGCACGGAAGUAGAGGAUAAGCUAAAAGAAAUCGCUUUCGUACGCAAUGUGGCACCCAACAAGGACAUGAUGCGUGUUAGCUUCUAUCUUACGGAAGAUUUGCUGCUUGGUCGUACCACCAAUAAAAAGCGUCCGCUAGACGAAGUGCAAACGCUGUCGGAAGAAUCCAAACGACCAUCAAACAAAAUGAAAGAUCAGCGUAAGCAGUUAGCGAAAAAGGCUAAAAAUGUGUUCACAGUAUCGCAAGCCAAAAAGAAAAACAUGAAAAAAACGAAGGAAGUUUCGAACAACCUGAAGCAGAUCAAGGUGCAGGACAAACGCGAAAAGGUGGACCAGAAGUUUCAGGACCUGCACGCUCAAAUAGUUUCGAAAAAGGCUCCCAAGCCGGCACCUAAGCCACUGCCGGCAAAGAAUAAAGGCAAGGCAGAUACGAAAAAGAUUGAAGCCGAUCUAAACGAAAUGCAGAUGUAA